CAACCGCGGGCCCCGCCGGCCCCGCCGAUGUUUCUCUGCCCGGGACCGGGCGCAUGGCGCGGCCGCCGGGGCCGCUCCUCCUCCCCCGCCUCCUCCUCCUCCUCCUCCUCCCGUUCGCCGCCGCCGGGCGGCCCUGCGGCCCCUCCGGACUGUCACGGAACGUGGUUUUGGGCCGCCUGGGAGCCAACAUCACUUUGACCUGCGGGGACGAGGUGCCCACGAAUGUGUCGGUGUGGUGGCAGGUGGAGGAGCGGGGAGCAGCAGUGCCGGGGGGCCAUGGGCGACGGCUGGGGGAGGGCAAUGUGCUGCUCCUGCGGCGGCUGCGCUACGAGGACUCGGGACGCUACAUCUGCUCCGUGGGGAGCCGCCCGCUGCGCUCCCUGCGGCUGCUGGUGGAAGAGCCCCCCGAAACCCCCCGAGUGUCCUGCUACCGGCGGAGCCACGACAAGGAUGUCCUGUGUGAGUGGCCACAGCAGACGAAGCCGUCCCCAGGGACGCGGGCAGUGCUCUGGGUGAAGCGGAGGUUCACGGCUGAGAACGCCACAGAGCAGCGGUGCCGCUACUUCUCCAAGGCACGGAAGUUCGUUUGCCGGGUGAAGGUGCCACCUGGCACCGAGGACACCAAACACCUCGUGGUGUCCACGUGUGUCAGCAACGGCGCCAGCGGCUUGGCCGGCGAAGACAAGAUCAUCACCCUCAGCGGUGUCCUGAAGCCUGAUCCCCCCCUCAAUGUGACGGUGGAGGCGUUGGAGAAGGCGCCGCAGUGGCUGCGGGUCAACUGGUCCUACCCCUCGUCCUGGGACCCCCGUUUCUACUGGCUCCGCUUCCAGGUCCGCUACCGCCCCGAGCCUGCCCCAGCCUUCGUGGAGGUGAGACCCCGCUCCCUGGAAUGCAGCUGUUGCUGGUCCCUGUCCAGGCUGUCCCCAACCCUGUGUCCCCUCCAGGUGGAUCAGGUGACGACAACGUGGCUGGACAUUCGCGAUGCGUGGCGGGGGACGAAGCAUGUGGUGCAGGUGAGGGCGCAGGAUGAGUUCGGCCACGGCGCGUGGAGUGAGUGGAGCCAGGAGGCUGUGGGCACCCCUUGGACAGACCCCAGGGACCUCACCUCUGAAAUGGGACCUUUCAGCUCGCAGUUCCCCACGGACGAUGACAACUAUGAGAUGACGCUGCCCCCCGAGCUCUUCUGGGAGGACCGUGCUGAUGGUGCUGGUGGGUCUGUCAUGGAACCCAGUGCCCACCCCAUGUCAUCGCCCUAUGCCUUCCUGGUGGCCGGGGGGAGCCUGCUCCUGGGCAUUGCCCUCUUUGUUGGCAUCGUGGUGAGGUACAGGCAGAUGUGGUGGACAGGCAGGCAGUGGGGGACCAAGCCGGAGGGUGAGGGGCAGCAUAUGCUGGUCCCCCUGGGCCUCCCUAGUCCCCCACUCAGUGACACCCCCCUGCUCUCCUGCCACACCCCCACGGCCCCUGGAACGCUCCAUGUCACCCACGUGGACUGUUCCUCCCCAAGGCAGUAACCAGUGGCUGAAUGUGCUGGCAGGUGCUUGGGGGGCAGGUGGGGGCCGCUCGCCCCAGAGUUUCCAGGACUGUGAUGUGGCUCUGGGAGCAGCUCCCCCCACCAUCCGGUGGCUCUGUGGCUGAGAGCAGCCUCUGAGGAGGCGAAUCAGUGCCACCCCCGUGGAGAAGCAGUUGGGGGGGAGCCCCAAACUGGGUCCUGGAGGGCACCUUCAGGGCCAUGGCCAAGCUGGGAUGGCCGGAGGUGGCAGCACUGGACACACGGCUGUGCCGGAGCGUGGGAGCCGGCCCGGGGUCAGGUUUGGGGAUCCCAGGGGAAGGGCCUGGUCCCUGCAGUGCUACGGGGGUCAGGGAGGGAGGGGGAGUCUGGCUGGAUCAGCCCCAUACCUCUGCUCUGGUACCCCCCCGGGGCUCCUUUUUAAAGCAUGUGUUGGGGAAAUAAGACAACUUGGCUCCAAUAAAUGCUUUGGAUUUGUACCAGAA